AUGAAUAAUAAUGUGUCUCCCGAAGUAGAUCCGUUGAGUUCAUAUAACUUAAGUACAUUUCACAAUUUUGAAAGUUAUGAUAAUCUUCAAUAUGGAGACCAUGGUGCGUUCCCAUAUCCUGUUAAACUAGAGCAAUACCAAAAUGCCUUUAAUUAUUAUAAUAAUCCAAAUGCGAGUGCUGCAAAAAGUCCACAACAAAAUACAAAAAGUGAUAUUGAACCAAACAAAGAAACAGAGUCUAAAGUUGUAAAUAAUGUCGAAAACAAAACUCAAAAUGUGGAAGAAGAUGUCAAACCAGAUAUAACGAAAGUGGGGAAGCAAAAGAUAAAAAAGGAGAGAAGUAAAUAUUUUUCUGAAAAGAUAACGGAAAAAGAUUUUCCUUUUUAUGGUUGUUCACUAUGCAAUGUGUCGUAUCAAAACUUACAUGAGUUGGAUACGCAUGUGCUGAUUCAUAAAGAGAGAGUGACGAGUUACGACUUGAGAAUAAAAAGUCAAAUGAAGAAGAGAAAAUUAAAAAAAGAAAUGAAAAAAAAUAAAAAAUUAAAAAAAACAAUCAAAGUUGAAAAUCAAAUUGAAGUUGAAAUAAAACCAGAAGAUGGAUAUAUAGGCAACGAGAAAGCAUCAGAUUUUAUGAACAAUACAGAAUCGGAUAACCAAAGCUCCAAAGAAAAUAACGGCAACACUAAAACUAGUAAUCAAUUAAAAACGAUUACAGAUAAAACUAAUCAAAUAAUAGCAAAAAGUUCAACGGAAAACACAAAAGAUGAAGAGUUACAGAAAAUUUAUAAAUGUUUCGCCUGUCAGAAGCAGUUCACACUGAGUUACUAUUUAAAACUUCAUGUCAGAUCUCAUACAGAUGAAAAACCGUACACUUGUUCUUCGUGCGGACAAUCAUUCAUCACAGCAAGUAAACUGGGCCGGCACAAUAAAAGAUUCCAUUUAGCAAUAAGAUAUCAGUGUAGAAUAUGCUAUAGAUAUUUUUCAAGAUUUGAAUUCCUGACGCGCCAUUUUGAUAAAAAACAUCCAGAUGACAAACUAGAAGGAGAGCCAUAUGAUUACAAUGCAAUAUUGCCAUAUUUAAAAGAGCUAGAAGAGCAGAUGCGGGAGAAGAAUGAAAAUGAGAAGGAGAAACCAAAAAAAGAAGAUGUAUGGGCCGAAUGUGAUGUGGCUUCAAAAGAGAAUAUAGUUAAAGAAGAAGAUAACAUCAAUAAGUUUACAAUAGAAAUAGAAGAAGUUAAAGUUGAUAUGGAUAUAGAAGUUAAACAAGAAGAGGUGGAAGAUGAUAGAAAUGAUGAUUUUAGUGGUGAUUGUGAUGGUGUUGGUGGUGAUCAUGAUGUGAGUGAUGAUGUUAGGGGUGAUGAUGGUAGGAGUGAUGAAGUGAAGGCUGAUGAUGUUAAAGAAGAGGAUGAUACAAUGAAGGAUGAAAUGGCAUCCGACGACGACUAUUUCCCAUCGAACACGUGGGCUGCCACACCCAAAAUCGAACCCCCACCAUCGCCCAAAACGAAGCAAGAUAAACUAAAAUGUCCAAUAUGCGAGAAGAAAGUGAGCACAGUUUCGUAUAUGAGAGUACACAUGCGGACUCACACCGGGGAAAAACCGUUCAAAUGCUAUAUAUGCAAUGCUGGAUUCAUUACAAGCAGCAAAAUGCAUAGACAUGUUCUCACUCAUCCCGAGUCUUGGAAUGAGGAUGGAAUAAAACCGGAAAAAGAAGAAAUUAAAUCGGAAACGGAAAAAGAUGACGACGACGAUGAUGAAGCUAAUAAAGAUAAAAAAGCAAUAAAAAAAAUGAAGAAGGCACUGGCGAAGUUCUCAAAGAAACCAAAUGAUUUGGAGAAAAAGAAAAAGUUGUAUCAAAAACGGCCGCACUCGUGUGAAUUUUGUCACAAACGAUUCUUACAUUUAGAAACGUUACAGGUACACAAAAAGAGUCAUGAAGGAGAAGAAAGAGUGUACAAAUGCAACUUCUGCCUUGUAGAAGUUGAAGAUGAGGCGGCACUGAAGUCCCACGAAGUGACUCACGACGGACCAAAGCCCUACCUGUGCACUGUGUGUGGGAAGAGCUAUAAGAAGAGAGAGACUAUGAUCUACCACAGAAAAAAUCACAAGCCAGAAAAGGAGUUUAUAUGUGACAUUUGCACGAAGUCAUUCAACGCUCAGUGCAAAUUACAGAGACACAUCGUCAGCCACCGAGUGGACAAAUUCAUACUUAGAUACGAGUGUCCUGUGUGUGCUCACAUGUUCAACACUAAAUAUCAUGUGCAAAUGCACCUAUCGACACACCAGAAGGAGGGAUUAAUACAAGAAGAAAAUCGCAAUGAAAUAUUAGCAAUGGUGCUACAAAAUGCUCGGAAAAUACCUAAAAAGCCUGACACCUCCUCUUCCCUCACCGACAUUGUACCGACAGACGAGAGAAGCCGCGUGUGUAACAUAUGCGGUGAAGUCUUUCAACAUUUCUAUUAUUUAGAAGAGCAUUUAAAAAGCCAUGGAUCAAAAAUAGCAAUAGAAGACAGCGAGAAGGUAGAAGAGAAGAAACAUAUAUGUAAAAUAUGCAAUAAAGGUUUCAAAUUGCAUUAUUAUUUGAAAUUACAUAGUUUCACACACACCAAGGAGAAACCGUUCAUAUGCCAACAGUGUGGUAAGGGCUUUAUAACGCGUGGAAAAUUAAAAAGGCAUUUAGAAACUCAUACGGGUUUGAAGAAAUAUCAGUGUCAUAUUUGCUAUAAAUUCUUCACCAGACCCAGUUAUUUGAGGAUACAUGUAAGAACUAUCCAUGGGACGCAGGACUAUAACUUUAGAUUGGAGAAAAAUUAUGGGUUUUCCAUUCCCGUAAUGCAGGAUGGG